GUGUGUGUGUGCGUGUUGUCACGCAGAAAAUUUUAGCCCAAGAUUUGAAUUCACCAAUCUGCAUAUACACCCAUUCACACUUUAGUGACAAACACUGUAUGAGUCACUUUACAUUCUGUUUUCUACAUUAACCCAAUGCUUUGAUUUGUAGAGUAAGAUGGAGUUUGAGGAAGUUGCAGUGUAUUUCUCUGAAACCGAGUGGGAAUAUUUAAACGACUCUCAGAAGGCACUUUACAAGGAUGUGAUGAUGGACAAUUAUCAGACGCUUGUAUCACUUGGAUUUAUUGAAAAACCAGUGAUCAUAUCAAGCAUUGAAGGAGGAAAGGAUUUAUGUAUAAAUAAUCCUUUGGAUGGAACCUUUUCACGAGGUUUCACAGAAGACAACAAAUAUGGGUCUAAUGAGAGAGAGAGAGCUGAAGAAGAUAACAAAAGAACGGUACCCAAUAACCUUUAUGAUGAAAAACCUUUCAUGGCUACUCGUACAUAUAAUCUUCGGAAUUCCAAAGGGACUCCAAAUGACUGUAAGAGUGAUGUGAUGAUUCAUACCAUAAAUCAAUUUAUCAAAUACUACGAAAGUAGUGACAUCAGUGAAACAGACUCAGAGUAUGGUUCUCGUCACAUUAGAAAGAAAACGGUUCGUAAAAGUAGACGACAAAAACAAAGUCAAAAGAGGAGAAGCAUUCCACAGGAUUCCCUUGUUGUAAAAGAGGAAUUUAACUGUUCUGAAUGCGCAAAGAGCUAUGUUAACAAGUCAUGUUUGGAUAGACACCAGAAAAAACAUUGUGAGAAGGCUCUUCACAAAUGUUCUCAAUGCGGAAAAUGCUUUUCCUUAAAAUUUCAUCUUCUUCGUCACAAACGAAGCCAUGCUGUUAAGAAGCCUUUUUCUUGCAAUGAUUGUGGAAAAUGCUUUUCUGAUAGCUCCACGUUGCUGAAACACCAGAGAAUCCAUUCUGGGACUAAACCAUUUGAAUGUUUAGAGUGCGGAAAAUGUUUUACGAUCAGCACGUAUCUUAUCGUACACCAGAGAACUCAUACUGGUGAAAAACCUUACAAAUGCUCUGAAUGUGAUAAAAGCUUUAGUCAAAGUUCAUCCCUUAUGAUACAUCAAAGAACACACACUGGAGAUAAGCCAUAUGCUUGUACAUUUUGCAGGAAGACAUUUAAUCACCAUUCACAUCUCGUUACUCACAGACGAAUUCACACAGGCGAGAAGCCGUUUGCUUGUCCAGACUGCAAUAGGAAAUUUAACCACAGCUCCCAUUUGGUGUGUCACAGAAGGACUCACACAGGCGAGAAACCCUAUGCAUGCACAGAAUGUGAAAGGACAUAUGCGCAAAGGCAACAGCUUGUUAAACAUCAAAAGCGUCAUGCAGAAGAAGGACUCAUCUUGCGCAAGCCUGUUGCCAUAUAGAUGGUAGUUGUGGACUUUUUUCCCCGUUGUUUCUUUGGAACUUUAAAGCUCAUUGAGGUUUAUUUACGAACCUGUAAGUUGUGGUAUUUUGAGAACCAAAUGGAAACAUUCAGGGCAAUUUUGAAAUACAUUAUCCAAGCAUUUAAAAUGUAUGUGUGUGUGCUUUUGGUUUUUUCCCUUCUGCUCAGUGUUUGUCAAUCAGUUAAAUUUCUUGUUUACUAGGUGAAUUCCCACAUCUGUUCAACUCUUUGAAAAACUACCAGCCACAGGACAUCAUAACAUGACUUUACAUAGUAUAUGUUUUUGUGUUGUAAGUCAUCUUUAUAAAUUGCAAUUAUUGUCUAGUGUGGUGGUUCCCAAGCCUGUCCUAUAAGGGACAGUAACAAUACUCAGGAUUUAAUAAAUUUCCAGUUCUGACAAAU